CGGGCGAGCAGCGAGGCAGUUGCGGGCAGGCCGGAGGCGCGGCGCGGCGCUGAGGUGAGCAUCUCCUGCCUCUCGGACGUGCUUCCCCGGGACCGGUCUGCGAGAGCCCCCCUGCUUUCGGCGCCUCAGCCUUUCCGCAGUCGGCCGCGGCUGCAGACACAAAGCUUUCCCUCGGCGUUGCCCGGAGCAGCGGGAGGAACUCGUGCAAUAUGAAAACGAUGACAGGAUCAAACGAAUUCAAACUAAAUCAAACUCCAGAUGAUGGUAUUUCAUCAGUAAAGUUUAGUCCAAAUACAUCUCAGUUUCUGCUUGUUUCAUCCUGGGACACAACUGUCCGGCUCUAUGAUGUUCCUGCCAACACCAUGAGACUCAAAUAUCAACAUUCAGGAGCUGUCCUUGACUGCGCUUUUUAUGAUCCUACUCAUGCUUGGAGUGGAGGAUUAGACCAGCAAUUGAAAAUGCACGAUCUAAACACGGACCAAGAAAACCUUGUUGGUGCUCAUGAUGCUCCUAUCAGGUGUGUUGAGUAUUGCCCAGAAGUGAAUGUCAUGGUGACUGGAAGCUGGGAUCAAACAGUUAAACUGUGGGAUCCCAGAACUCCGUGUAAUGCAGGAACUUUCUCUCAGCCUGAAAAGGUCUACACGCUUUCUGUGUCUGGAGAUAGACUAAUUGUGGGGACAGCAGGUCGGAGAGUGCUGGUGUGGGAUUUGCGGAACAUGGGUUAUGUUCAGCAGCGAAGAGAGUCAAGUCUGAAAUACCAGACCCGCUGUAUCAGAGCAUUUCCGAAUAAACAGGGUUACGUUUUAAGUUCUAUUGAAGGUCGUGUUGCCGUGGAAUAUUUGGAUCCAAGUCCAGAAAUCCAGAAGAAGAAAUACGCAUUCAAAUGUCACCGUUUGAAGGAAAAUAACAUUGAGCAGAUUUAUCCAGUUAAUGCUAUUUCUUUUCAUAACGUCCACAACACAUUUGCUACAGGAGGUUCCGAUGGAUUUGUAAAUAUUUGGGAUCCAUUUAAUAAAAAACGGCUGUGUCAGUUCCAUCGGUAUCCCACAAGCAUAGCAUCGCUUGCCUUCAGCAAUGAUGGAACUACCCUUGCAAUAGCUUCUUCAUAUAUGUAUGAAAUGGAUGACAUUGAACAUCCUGAAGAUGGUAUCUAUAUUCGCCAAGUGACAGAUGCAGAAACAAAACCUAAGUCUACUUAGAGGUCUACUUAGACUUCUGGUGAUACUUCUUCUCUACAAGACAUGCCCACCUGCUCCUAACAAGACUAAACUGAAAUAAUAGAAGUGAGAAGAACAGUCUUUAUACUGAUGUUAUUUUUAACUAAGAAAUACUUGUUUGUAUGUUGUAUGUCUUAAUCUGUCAUUACUUGCCUGCUUAUAAUGUUAGUGAAACUGUUUUCUUUAUCUGCUUUAUGUAGCUAUAUUAGUUGAGUCCUGUUGGCAACUUUGCGUAUACCUUUAUAAAAGCUUACCACAUUUUGUAGUAUCUAAUUAUGAAAGCUUCCAGUUGUCUCAUAGCUGUUCAAUAAAUAUCCACAGGUUUUUUGAAAACAAA